AUGGACCAAGUCAACCUCCAGGGCCACGGCCAGCAGAAGAUGCGCCAGCAGCCCCAGCAAGCUGCGCCGCGCAAAUACGAUGGCCAGCAGGGCAACCCCCUCUAUGAUCCCACCAACGGUGGCCACUAUGGCGCAUCUGCAGCAGUCAACCAAGGACUCACCGGCAACUACCGCGACAUCCUAAACACAUACUGGCAGCAGCAGGUUACGAAGCUCGAGACCGACGAGCAUGAUUACAAGCUACACCAGCUCCCGCUUGCCCGCAUCAAAAAGGUCAUGAAGGCCGACCCAGAGGUCAAGAUGAUCUCAGCGGAAGCUCCCAUCCUUUUCGCCAAGGGUUGCGACAUCUUCAUCACCGAGCUCACAAUGCGCGCCUGGAUCCACGCCGAGGAAAACAAGCGUCGCACUCUCCAGCGCUCCGACAUCGCCUCGGCUUUGUCAAAGUCGGACAUGUUCGACUUCCUCAUCGACAUCGUGCCCCGCGAGGAGGCUCAUCCCCACAAGAGAAGUGCCGGCCAGAACGCAGCUGUACAGUCAUCAGCAGCUGUGGUCCCUCCCGGGGCUAUGCCUCAGCCAGUACAUGCUCAACAUUCCAUGCCACCUCCCGACUAUGGCCUGCAGGAGCAUCUGGGACAGCAGCAGGAGUACCAGCAACCGCCCAUGUACCCGGGUCCGAUGCAAGGCGACCCCCGCGCCUAUGCACAGCAGCCGAUGUUCGACCCCAGCGUCUACACCCAAUACCAGGUGAGCGGUCAGCAGCCGCAAAUGUACGCAGUUGGUGGUCAGCGUGGGCCUGACCCGAAUGCCGAUCCCCAGAGCUAUGGCCGGUAUGAGGCUGACCCCGACGACGCCGAAGGCGAGAGGGUCGACGCUGAGAGUUAG